AUGGCUCCACCCACGACCAUUCGCGAAGCGUGCGAUAUCAUUCUGGAACAACUGCAGGACUUCAAUGACACAGACAAGAUCAACGACCUUCGCUCGGCCAUUACGGACUUCAUUGAGGCACAGACUACUAUGCAGACAGUAUCGAUUCGUGUCUUGGCCCUAGGCCAAAGAGAAGACCCUCAAAUGCAGCCCAUCGUUGAGCGGACCAACGAAGAAAAAUACAAACAGACUCUGAGAUCAUUAUCAGGUGCCAAGAAAGAACUAUUCAAGGCUGUUAACUAUCGGGCGCUCCUGGAAACGAUGAUGAGGUGUCUGGAUGAUAAGGAUCUGGAAAAGUUGCGCUCUACUGCCGCGAAGCAACUAAGGGUUCUUAUGAUUGAGCACGGUUAUCGCAUGACGACAACUCCAGAGCCUGAUGAACCUCCGGCACAGAUCCAGUCGCCCCGAGACUCAGCAAUUGCCAGCCCAGGGUGGGCUUCUAGCACCUAUUCAGUGAACUCGGAAGACCUGGGAUAUUGGUGGCUAGGGAACCGUCUCUAUGGACGUGGCUUCCCGUUUCCCAUCGAUGAUAGGGCAAAAGAAGACCACGAUGCCCGACAUGCCGUGUUUAAGAAAAUUCUGAAGAAUCGGAACUUCUGUGCGCCCGUCAGUCUGGAGGGCGCAGAUGUGCUUGAACUGUACACUAGAACGGGCAAACUGGCCAUGGAAAUCGCGGACGAAAAUCCGGCUUGUUCAGUGAUCGGCGUUGACGAGAGCCAAAUGCAGGUAGAAUUGGUUCCGCCAAACCUUCGAUUCGAGAUUUGUGAAGAUGACAACAGCUGGACAUGGAGACGGCCGUUUCGAUUUAUCAUCAUGCGUCAACAUGGAGUGUUUGUAAAAGACUUGCCGGGUCUAAUACGUCGAUGUUCUGAGAUUCUCGAAGAUGGAGGCUGGAUAGAAUUCCAACUUUUGACCUUGAGUCACCAUUCGCAAUCUGAACAGCAAGUUCCAACGGGCGAGGAAAGCAAAGUUCGGGAUAUACAUCGUUAUCUAUCACGUGGACUGGCCAAACUCGGGCUACAGCUGGAUAUACAUGACAAGCUUACUCAGAUGCUCGAGGAGAAAAGUUUUCACAAUCUCGAACACCGGGAGUUUCCUGUACCUCUUGGACGGUGGCCAAAAGACAAGGAAUUGGUAAUUGUGUCCGUUGAAGAAAAUAGAAAAGACGGCUAA